GCCUACCGAGGCCUGCUCGGGGCCUGCUCCGCCAGCGCCGGGCCCGGGGGGGGGCGUCCACGGCCAUGCUGCGCCCCAAGGCCCUGACGCAGGUCCUGAGCCAGGCCAACACCGGCGGCGUGCAGAGCACCCUGCUCCUGAACAAUGAGGGCUCCCUGCUUGCCUACUCAGGCUAUGGUGACACCGAUGCCAGGGUGACUGCUGCCAUAGCCAGCAACAUCUGGGUGGCCUAUGACAAGAAUGGGCACCAGGCCUUCAACGAGGACAACCUCAAAUUCAUCCUCAUGGACUGCAUGGAGGGGAGAGUUGCCAUCACACGGGUGGCAAACCUGCUGCUCUGCAUGUAUGCCAAGGAGACAGUUGGCUUUGGGAUGCUGAAGGCCAAGGCACAGGCACUGGUCCAGUACCUGGAGGAGCCUCUCACACAGGUGGCUGCAUCCUGAGCGUGGAAGCUGAAGGGGCUCAGAGGUGCCACCUGUGCAAAGGCUGUCACUGGCAUGGGUGAGGGAGUGCCCAGCCCUGUGGGCAUCCCCAAGCUUGGUCCUGUCUUCAUCAUCAUCAUCACCUUGAAAACUAUGGUGGGGAGGGGGUGAAAAUAA